GUGUCCACAGUUUGGCUUCAAAGAGGGACCAAGUGUCACAACAGAACAUGCAUCUCAUAUGCGACUUUGCUCGCACCGUAUACAUAAGCAGAUUGCGCCAUGGGAUAUAAUCUCUUCCCGCGCAAUGCCACUCUCGGAGCAGCAUACCUUGGGACAAUUGCGGCAUCCAUACUCUAUGGCGUAACCAACCUCCAGGCAUUCGUCUACUACAAGCGACCCUCCCAUGACCCAUACUAUAUCAGAUGGCUAGUCUUCUUUCUAUGGGUACUCGACGGGUUACACCUUGCUUUCAUCAUUCAUGCAUCAUACAGCUACACAAUUACGGACUACAUGAAUGCCGCUGCACUUAUGACACCAUUAUGGUGCAUUGCAUCUCAUGUCUUCGUAUCUAGUCUCAGCGAUGCGAUCGUGAGAGGGAUGUUCUGUUGCAGAAUAUGGAUGCUCAGCGAACGAAAACUGUUGAUGACAAGCACAGUUGCCUUCGUUUCUUUCAUAACCCUCGCCAGCGGUUGGGCAUUCUCCGUCUGGGGGUCUCGUGCAAACAACUAUUUCUUGAAACCAAAGGCGCUAUCGUAUUUCCUAUAUCCUUACUUCAUUUCCGGUGUCACGGCGGAUGUCCUCAUAACCGCAUUUCUCUGCAUUCUGCUACAUCGCCAACGCGGCAGUCUAGCCAGGACCAAUUCCGUGGUCAAUACGUUGAUGCUAUACAGCAUCAAUACUGGUGUACUCAGCAGUUUAUGUGCCCUGCUUUGUCUGCUUCUGUACACCCUUCUUCCGCAGAACAAGAAGUUCGCAUUUAUUGCUGUAUACUUCGUGCUGCCAAAGUUGCUUUUGAACUCCUUGCUCGCCUCACUCAAUGCGAGAGAUCAUCUGAGAAAGAUGAAUGAAACUGGCGGUUUGGUUACCAUGCCUCCACCUCGUAUGGACCGUGACAGUGUGGUCAUGCACGGCCUCGUUUGCCCUCAGUCCUUCGAGAUCGACAUGCAGACGACGAUGGAAAUGAAAUCGGACAACAUGUCUGAUAUAGCCUUGCCGGACACCCUUCCUCGGGCAAUGCAUUCGCUGGCAUCGUGCUCUGUCUGAAUAUUCGUCUUAAUAGUCUGACUGCGCUCGUCGGUCAUAUUUAUAUAAUGAACAUUUGUUGCCUGAAUGAUCUACGUCUCGUCAUACUCCAUUCUACGGUAUGCAGUCCAUGUUAUAUGCCGUCCACGAAAUAUUCAGGAAUCGCCACGGAAACGCAUGUUGUUUCGUGAACCGUCUGCCAGCGUUCUCACAGGAACUGCUUCAGGGAUUCACUGAUUACCCAGGCUACUUCAUUCGACGUCAGGAGGCAUCCGAUAGAAUAGAUUGUUGCCAUCCAACGCUGAAGGCCAUGCGCUUCCGCGCGUCUACUGUAUCCGUAUUUUCGCAUAGGAUGGCUUCUGACUUCCCCGCGGGGAAACCACAA